UACUUCAAAUCCCCUCAUGCAUCACGGUUGAACCGGAAGUGUUUUCUCGUGACCUUGGAGUGUCAGUUUGAGAGCACUAGAAGAGGCAGCAUGGCUGGGAACGAGCCUGGAGGUUUUCUGCAGCAACUGAGGCAGAUUGCAGGCCGGAUGUCCUCCGGGGGUCCACGAGGAGCCGGGCUCGGCAUCAAACUGCUCAUCGGUGCUGGGGCGCUGGUUUACGGUGUUAAAGAAGCUACAUACACAGUGGAAGGUGGACAGAGGGCAAUUAUCUUCAGCAGAAUUGGAGGCAUUCAGAUGGACACAGUGCUGGCAGAGGGACUGCAUUUCAGAAUACCAUGGUUUCAGUAUCCGAUCAUUUAUGACAUCCGAGCCAGACCUCGCAAGAUUUCAUCUCUGACAGGAAGCAAAGAUCUUCAGAUGGUGAACAUCGCUCUGCGCGUGCUGUCUCGGCCCAUCGCCUCCAACCUGCCCUUCCUCUACCAGCACUUGGGUCAGGACUACGAUGAGCGGGUGCUGCCCUCCAUCGUCAACGAGGUCCUUAAGAGCGUCGUUGCCAAGUUUAAUGCCUCACAGCUCAUCACACAGAGAGCUCAGGUGUCUCUGCUGAUCAGAAGGGAGCUAAUAGAAAGAGCUAAAGACUUCAACAUCAUUCUGGAUGAUGUGGCCAUUACAGAACUCAGCUUCAGCAAGGAGUAUACAGCUGCUGUGGAGGCCAAGCAAGUCGCCCAGCAGGAGGCCCAGAGAGCUCAGUUCUACGUGGAGAAGGCCAAGCAGGACCAGAGGCAGAAGAUCAUCCAGGCUGAGGGAGAGGCUCAGGCUGCUAAAAUGCUGGGUGAAGCCGUAACAAAGAAUCCUGGCUACCUUAAACUGAGACGUAUCCGAGCCGCCCAGAACAUCGCCAAGACGGUGUCAACUUCGCAGAAUAAAGUAUACCUGAAUGCAGACAGCCUAGUGCUGAACCUGCAGGACAGCUCCUUCAACAAUUUGUCCUUGGGGAAAUAAGAAGCAUCGUCCUAGGCGAGUGUGCGCAUUCCUUGUGUUGAACAUCUCUGCUGUUUAACGUCUACUACAAACCGACCUCUCUAAGCAGUGCCUGUCUCUAAGUGCAGGCUGUCCAGCAAGGCGUUGGGUGCCCAUUAAAACACACACAAACACACAUUUAAGGAGACUUAUUACACAUGGUUUAGACACCACCCAUCUGUUAAUGGGGUUCAAAGGUUACAUAAAAGUCUCACCAUAAUUUUUGGCUUAUUAUCUAAUGAAGAAUCAGUCUAACAAUCCAGUGCAUUGAAAUAAGUAGGUAUGUUAACUGUCCAUAUGGUACAGACAUAGUAUUAUGAAUACACAAAUACAUAUUCUUAAAUCGGACAAUGUAUAUUAAGAUUCACUCAGCCAUUAGUUAUUGUUUACACAUUUGGUAUUUAGUUUGUUUUUGUCCCUGCUGUUUUUCCUGAGCUUAAGGACAAGCAGGCUCCUCUGCGAUGUGUAAUCUGACCAAGCACUCAACACUCAUUAAAUCUUUUGAUUUUUCGGACUAAAAGCCUGAUUGUGUU